AAUUCGACAGAACACCGGAAUGCGGGUGGAGGUUUAUUGGAAACGGGUGGAUUUAAAGGAAAACGCUGGUUUCACCCCAUUGGCCAAUGACGUAACGGUACGUCAGAAGAGGCUAAAGAAAAUCCGAGCAGAAGCCCUAAAUGUAAAAAGGGCGAGAGAAGCGGAUCUGAUUACAGAAUCUCCUCUUUAAUUAGAGACAGGGACGGUAAUAAAGAUGAAAGGGUGAUCUGAUAGAACUGAAUCUAAAAACGGGAUGUUUUCCUUUAAAAUCUGAUCUGAAACCUGCAGCGAGUAGCUGAUGAAGAAGUGAUGCUGGAAGGGCUCGGUGCCUCUCAGAAGACCAGAAAGAAAGUAAGAGAAGAGAGAUGGGGUGGAGUCCUGCAAACAGUGAUAAAGAGCAGCAUCAAAAGGAUGCGGACCCCACAGCCUGGUUCCGCAAGUACAAGCAUGGUGGAACGUCUAGCCUCAUCUCCACUCUGACCACGGUGAUGACCUUCCCCAUCUACAAGACGGUGUUCCGCCAGCAGCUGCACAGCUCCGGGUUUCGUGAGACGGUGGCCCAGCUGAACAAGGAAGGGCCUUUGAAGUUGUACCGAGGUGUAGCACCACCUUUGUUGAUGAAGACCCUCAAUGGGACCCUCCUUUUUGGCCUUCAAGGCACCCUUUUGCAACGGCUGUCCAGGGCUGAAUCCAUCUUGCCUGGGACGGUCCUUCCUGCCCUGGCCGGGCUCGGGGCGGGUGUGGUUGAGGCCCUGAUUUUCACCCCCUUCGAGCGUGUGCAAAAUAUACUCCAAAACAGCGGCAAUGACCGCAGUCUACCCACCAUUAGGAGCAUCCUGGUCCGGCUAAGGUCUGAAAACUUAGCUCAAGGCUUUUACCGAGCCUUCUUGCCUAUACUCGCCCGCAACGCCUUAGGGAGCAGCCUUUACUUUGGCCUAAAAGAUCCCGUGUCCAGUGCCUUAAGGGAGCAGGGUCUUUCCCCCGUGGCCUCCUCCUUCUUCUCAGGUGUUUUCAACUCUAUGGUGAUCAGCCUACCACUAUACCCCAUGUCUGUGCUGGUGGCCAACAUGCAAGCCAAAGUUGGUGAAGAGAAGCUGGGGCUGAGGGCCAGCAUGCAGAAGCUGUGGAGAGCCAGGCAGUGCAGCCUGAUCCUGCUCUACCGUGGAGGUUCACUGGUCAUUCUCCGCUCCUGCAUUUCCUGGGGCAUAACCACUGCCAUAUAUGACCGUCUGGAAAACCGCACCAACUAAGCGGGAUAAACACCAGGGAAUUCCGUCUAUUGCUCAGCAGUAAUGUUAUCUGGGUUCAGGGAUAAGUCUGUGUUUUUGUGCACCAAAACCUUUUUUUUUUUUCAAAAAUCAGCAUUGACCAUAUAUAUUUCUUAAAACUUGACAAAGCAUUUCCAAAGCUUUGCAUGUAUUACUUAAACAGUAGUAAGAGGUUGAAAAUGCAUCAGUGUGUCAUGAUGCAUUUAAGAGUGAAGGUGAAUUCUGGCAGUGGUGUCUCAGCAGUAAGACCAUUGACCGGACCAUUGAUAUUGACCAUUUGGUGAGCUGCGGUGGGUGCCCAGCGGUCUGGUCUGUGUGUGCGCGCUUACUAGUGUGUAUGUAUGUGUAUUCACUGCACAAAUGGGUUAAAGGUGUAGGCCACAUUUAAUCUGUAGUGAAUCUUAAUUACAUUAAGCAUUGAAUAUGUUUCUCAAGAGCUACUCACAAUAUCAGAGAUUCACACCUAUGGAAAGUAUUGUGUAUUGGUUUUUUUUUGUUGUUGUUUUUUACCCACCAUUAUUUCAGGCAAAAUGAUAUACUCAAGUGUUUUUUUUUUGUUCAUGUUAUGUUUAAGGUAGUAUCAUAAACCAAGUCACUGUGCAACAAAUAAAGGUUAUUUUAA